UUUUGUUAGAGUCAGAGGUUGUAAUUGUGGUACACAUAUUUCAGUGAGAUACACUCUUGAUUCUCGAAGAUAUGAGUCAGGAUAAGGGGAAAUCGAGUAAUUCUAAUCACGUUAACGAGUUUCGUCAUCGUGAGAAAGAGUUUGAUUCAGUUUUGAAUGUUAUUAGAGAUGCAAAUAUAGAUCCUCGCCUGAUUUGUCUUAAAAAAACUAUCGGUGAAACUGAUAAUGGCGAUUCAGAAUUUCAUUCAACGGGAGAGUUCCAAAAGCGACUCACAGAGAUGUGCAAUAAAGAAAUCAAUGAAGAUUCUGUUAAUUUUGAUUUUGAUCCUUUAAGCAUGUGCGGCAAAGAUAUCAUCACAGAGAAUUACGGAUCGAUAAAUUUCGAUAAAGCUGGGAUCUUGCUUGAAAGCUCUGCUCAAGUUUACAGCGACAAAGUGGAUCAUCUCCAUGCUUUGGUUUUAAAAACUGCGAAAUCUAUUCGCGAGGGAGGUCUGACUGAGGGACCAAAGUAUGUACCAGAGCAAGAAGAAGAAGAUGAGGAGGAUAUGGAAGAGACUGAUCUUGAAGAUGAGGGGUUAGAUGAUAUUGGUGAUGGAGAGAAACUGAAAUCUUCCAAGGAUUCCCCUCUUGCUAAAAUGGGUGGAAGUGAGAAAGAGGCAGAACCUGAUGCUCGUGUAUCUGUUGAGAAGCAGCAAAUUAAGCAAGACUUGGAAGACGAGACUAAUGAUGGAAAGGUUGAUCUCAAGAAGUCUGAUACUGCUGACGGAGAGUCCCCGUCUGAGGAAUCCUUUGCUGUUCUAUUCCUGAGAAAGCUUGGAAAGAGGCAACAUGAAGAAGAACUUGAAGCAUCAAAGAGGAGAGCUGUCUCCCAAGUAACUGAAGUAGAGUCGAAAGAUUUCAUAGGUAGUUCUGGAAAAGAGAACCUCAAGCCUUUAUCAUCUACCCCAACUUCAAAGAAUGACAACUCCCCUCUCUCAGACUAGAGAUAAUUGGUGACCUCAAUUGUACUCAGAAUGGUUCUUGAUAGUGUCAGACACAGAUUUUUUUUCCUAAGUACAACAAAUAGACCUAUGACAGCCCUUUUAUUUUCAGACAUUUGUGUGACUUUUCCUUUUAUUUUCAAACUUGUGUUUAAUUUUUCUCUGCAAUAUGCUGAGAUAAUUGAACAAGUAGGUGUUUGAACUUAAUCUAUGCUGGCUUUAUUAAUUUGGUUA